GGACUUGUGGCUGCCAAAAUUUGAUAGGGACAACAACCUUGUUUUAGAGGGCAUCAAUCCUAACGACGGGACCAUCAAGGCCCUGCAGGUUAAGGCAACUGGUCAUGUGGGAACGGAUAAAGAAAAGGCAAUCGUGGCGGCAUAAGGAAACACUUUCUGCAUACCACUAGGCAAGAUUUUUUAACUGACAAGGGACCUACACUUUUAUGCAGCGGGUUUAUACGACAGGCUACAAUUCGUAAUACAUUUUGCAGGACAUGCUGAUGUCAUCAAGGAUGGAGGUACGGGGUCCAGGAAAACGGCGAAGGCAGCCGAUGCCGCGUACGGGAUAAACAACAUUAGGUUAGAAUUUGACAAGCUCAGUCAUGAAGGUCUUGCGAGCGUAUUGAUGUCGAGGUAUGCAAGAUUGGCCCUACUAUACAAAAGCAUACUCCGUAGCAAGUUGUUUAUUAUUAAAAAAGCCGACACAAGUUAUAACCUCCAAUUUGACACCCCCUCCAAAUCGUUUAAGGGUGUCUUGCUACUCUUCAUAGACCCUGUAAAAGUGAAGGUUUACGCUGGCAUUAACGAAACGUUUUAUAACCCCGAGAUUGAGAGGGUUAGCGUGACUGUCGAGGGAGAGCCUAAUGAGUUGUACUCUCACGCCAUGUUGCCCAAGGAUCACCUUUAACAGAUUGUGAACCUCUUUGGUAGCCACGACUCGAACGUAACCAUCGGGCAAUUUUUCAAUGAAAGGUAUGCCCUCUUCAUCGACUUUCAGGCGUCUCCCGAUCAUACCCUACGUGGUAGUGGAAGGCCCCUACAAUGUCUAAAUGAUAGCAUCACCCGACAUAUCACCAUAAAAGCAGACGGAACCAGAGAUUUCAUGGCUUACGUCUACCUCUUACAGGAUGCCCAAUUAAAUAUCCUAGACUGUAGGUUUCAUUCUGUGGAGUAUUAAAUGACCACAAUUUAUAUUUGUCCUCGGAGGCAAAUACAAAUCAAUAUGGAAGAAAGCAAGAGCUGUAAAAAAUGUAAAAAAGUGUUGGACUUGGAUGCAUUUAAGGUGUUGAAAAAUGGUCAAGCUACAAAGACAUGCAUCAAAUGCCUGGAUAAAAAGAAACAGCAACGUGAACGCAAUAGGUGCCCCAAUCAAAGGCAGAGAUCCUCCUGUAAAGAAUGUGGGGGAAGUCAAAUUUCCCCCUAUCAAAGGGUGAGAUCUAGGUGUAAGGAAUGCAAGGGAAGACAAAUAUGCCCGCAUCAAAGGCAGAGAUCCCAAUGUAAGGAGUGUAGUGGAAGCCAGAUUUGUUCCCAUCAAAGGAUAAGAUCCCACUGUAAAGAGUGUGAAGGUAAUGGUAUUUGCCCUCAUGAAAGGCGAAGAUCCAGGUGUAAAGAAUGUGGCGGUGGAUCUCACGCUUUGAUGGGGGCAUAUUUGACUACCGCCACAUUCUUUACACCUGGAUCUUCCCCUUUCAUGAGGGCAAAUACCAUUACCUCCACACUCUUUACAUUGGGGUCUCUGUCUUUGAUGGGGGCACUUUGUACGCUCCUUUGACACCUUGCUAGCAUCGAGGCAUUUUAUGCACCAUUUUGUUAGUUGAGAUUUACGCUUGAUCUUGAAACUGUCUAAAGAUAAAAAGUGUUUACAUUUUGAACACUAACAUUUUCCAUCAAUGUUGACUCGUUUUUGCCCUAGGAGGACAAACACGAGUUGUGGUCACUUAUUUUGGUUUAGGAACUAUGCUGGCGGGUAGCCACCCUUUGGAGACGGCCAUUUCAGGACUUGCUCACCCUGCUGAAAAAUAGGCAACCAUCUUAAGAUCGCUGGUAUCCAUUUUUGUAGAUUGCCUUGUUAUGUCAAAAAAUUUCUUACCUGCCAUGGCAUAGGCAAAUGUGAAACCAAGGUCCAAGACUGUUUCGUACAACAUAUCCAAAAUCUCCUUUUCCUUCGGUGUUACGUUGCUUGUGGUCAUUUAUUAAGUGUAAUUUUUUGAAAAAAUUCAAUGCAUCUUGAAGAUCUCAAUCUGAGGCCGCGUUUUGCCUUGUAUCCCCUGCUGGGGCUCCGAUGUGGGGUUUUGGGGUUUGUUUUUAGCCCUACCAAACAUAUACCAGACACCUACCCCUAUGGCCAAUAUAGCUAGUGUUCCUACCCUAUAGAUGUGAACCGACUGUAUAGAACUAUCUCCAGAACAGGCUUUGACUGCAGGCUGUACAGUACCCUCUUGUUGCUUCAUUUCUUUCUUCCUCUUCUUCAUCAGUGCAGCCAACUUGUGUCCUUGGGCAUCUCUUCACGGAUGCUUUGGCGGCUUUGUAAUGACUCUCUUUUCUUGUUUCUGAACUUCUUUACUCACUUAUCUUAUAGCACCGUCUCCGCCUCCUCCACUCCUUCUCCUUUAAAAUUUGACGCUUAUUGGGCGGGGGUUCCACAUGUUCGUAUUCUACAAAGGUGGCUGCGUCGAAUACUUGUGCAAUAUCAGACAUCCUUUUUAUUAGUAGUCGAUAUCGAAAAAGUACAUAGGCAAUCAGAGCAUAGGGUAGCAGUAUAGCGACUAGAGUACACACUUCCAUUUUAUUCCCCUAAACCACAAGCGGAGAGGUAUCAACACCAUCGUCAUGUACAA